UAUGUUCGUGGCUGCUAUUGGUCGACUUUGGUCACGUGUUCAAUUCGAAGAUGGCGUCUCCAAAUGGAGCUGAAGAUUUUGGAAGCUCUCUGCUCUGUUAUGAGAAGCUGGACAGAGCAUCGCCCGAACUUUGGCCUGAGCAGCUUCCUGGAGUUGUUGAAUUUGCUGCCUCUUGUAAAAAUCCCAUCACAAAUUCGCCGCCCAAGUGGAUGGCUGAGCUGGAGAGCGAGGACAUUGAGAUGUUAAAAGAGUUGGGUAGUUUGACAACAGCCAAUCUCACGGAGAAGGUCAAAGGCCUUCAGAACCUCGCUUACCAACUGGGCUUGGAAGAAUCCAGAGAAAUGACAAGAGGGAAGUUCCUGAACAUCCUGGAAAGGCCGAAGAAGUGACUUUUGUAAUAGUUCCCAUGUUUAACUCCUGCAAGAUGGAUCCAACCAAUUUUUUUUUUCAAAUACUAAAAAAUAUUAAGGUUUUAAAAACAGAAAAGGUGAGUUGUGUGAAACCUUCCUCUGGCUGUGGUUCAAGAACCUACUGUCCUUGUAUUAUCAUUUACUUAAAGCUUCUUAUUUAUUCUCAUUUGCAUUAUUAUGAUGUAUUAAAAUGUUGCUUGUUUUGAUAUAA